GUAAUAAACCAACCAGGUAAAAACAUUCCAUUCAUUUAAAAGUUUGUAACGCGUAAUAAGUGUCCUAUAUUUCGCUGAAUCUUUCUCCAAGUACAAUGCCUAUCAGCGAGUCUGAAGCCAACAAAAUCUUUGAUGUCUGCGAUGCCAACAAAGAUGGUAACGUAACAAAACUGGAGUUGUUAAAGGGAUUAACAAACUAUUUCCAGAAAAGCAUUUCAGUGGAAGCUGCAACUGAUAUCUUUAUGGGUUUAGAUGACAACAAAGAUGAUAAGAUAACUAGAGAUGAAUUUCUGAACCAGUUAUGCAGGAAGUUAAACAGACGUGAAGCAUUUGAUAAGGCGUUCAAUGAAAUGGAUAAAAACCGAGAUGGCACGUUGUCACGAGCUGAAGUAACCACCGCCUGCCGGCAAUGUGGUUGUAGUGACGCAGAAAUAGAUGACAUGAUUAAAAGUAUUGAUAAAGAUGGAGAUGGCAAUAUUUCAAAAAAGGAAUUUAUGACAUUAGUUUGAUUUGACCAUUUAUUGUACAUAGACACGUCUGAUUCCACUUGCAUUCGAUAUUGAAUAUGUUAACUGAAUUAUGUUUGUAACUGACGAGAACAAUAUCGGAUAAUAUGGCAUAUCCGUUUGUUGAGGUGUAAAAAAGAAGCAUUUAUGCAUAUUAGAUCGGUGUAUAUUGACAAUAAUAAUGAUUUUAAAAUCCGAUAGAAAUAAGAAGAUAUGACAGUUUAAAUAUUUUAUAGAAGAACAUGCACAAAUAAAUCAUUUAAAUAUU